ACCGGUGAGCGGCCCUACGCCUGCUCCCAGUGCGGGAAGAGCUUCUGCCGGAGAACAGACCUUGUCAUCCACCAGCGCAUCCACACGGGCGAGCGGCCCUACCGGUGCCCCCAGUGCGGGAAGAGCUUCAGCCACACCUCCAAGCUGAAUGUGCACCAGCGCAUCCACACCGGAGAGCGGCCCUACAAGUGCGGCGAGUGCGGGAAGAGCUUCAUACCCAGCGCAGAAUUCCUGCAGCACCAGCUGAUCCACACCGGAGAGAAACCCUACUAUUGUGACGGCUGCGGGAAGAGUUUCCACAGGGGCCACCAGCGCAUCCACACUGAUGAGCGACCCUACAAGUGUAGCAACUGCGGGAAGAGCUUCAAGCGCAGCUCCAACCUCAACGUGCACCAGCGCAUCCACACCGGCGAGCGGCCCUACAGGUGCGGUAACUGCGGGAAGAGCUUCAACCACAGCUCGACCUUCCUCCAGCACCAGCACAUCCACACCGGAGAGAAACCUUACUACUGCACUGGCUGUGGCAAGAGCUUCAACAACAACUCAACCCUGGUCCAGCACAAGCGCAUCCACACUGGCGAGCGGCCCCACCAGUGUCCCCAGUGUGGGAAGAGCUUCUACAACCAGUCAUCCCUCACCAAGCACCAGCAGAUCCACCUGCGAUAA